AUGUCCAAGGAGGACUUUGUGAGCCAUCCAGAAGCGAAUCUGGAUGGGAAGACGGUGGCGGAGUGGGCCAAAAACGCUGUUCCUCGGGUGAUCCUCACCACCAAGCCGAAGAAUGGGCUUCUUCACAAGCUGCAGUGGAAGACGAGGGAAGCCCAGAUCGCCAGGCAAGUGAUGGGUGCGCAGGAGGAAACGGCGAGGCAGAAGGGUGUGGCGAUGGCCAGAGCUGUGAUGCUGAAUCCGCAGCAGGAGCAGCUGGGGCGGCUGCAGAGCGAGAAGAAUCAGCUGAAGUACCAGCUGCUUGCCGCGCAGGAGGAGCUAAAGAGGAAGGUGGAGUCCGAGAAGCAGCAGGUGAUGAUCAGGGAGGCCGAGCAGCAGCAGAUGAAGAUCAGGGAGGCGGCUCAGAAGGAGGCGAGGAAGCAGGAGGAGGAGGCUGCGAAGGUGGCGAAGAAGAGGCAUGACCAGCUGGUGAACCACAUCGACAGCCUCCAGCGCCAGCUGCAAGAGAAGCGGGAGGAGCUGGACACGCACAAGAAGCUCCUCCGGGAGCAGCGAGAUCUGCUGGGCAAGCAGAGCGAGCUUGUCCAGCAGGAGGUUGACAAGCAGGCACAAAUCUUGCACAAGGAACUGGAGGAGAAGCAAGCCGAGCACGAAGCUGAAAAGCUUCUCCUCCAGGAGGUCACGGAGAAACUAGAGCUCUACAAUGCGGAGAGGCAGUACCGGGACAAUGACAGCAAACAAAAGAAAUCCCUCCAGAAGGACCUGGAGAGAAAGAAGGUGGAGAAAGCGAGUGAUGAGAUGACGAUCGUGGGCCUGGAGAAGCAGAUAUGGGAGCUCAGUAGCAGGGUGGCGAGCUUGGAGCAGGAGAAUGGGAAGCUCAGGAGCAGGGUGGCGAGCCUGGAGCAGGAGAAUGGGAAGCUCAGCAGCAGGGUGGCGAGCCUGGAGCAGGAGAAUGGGAAGCUUAGGAGCAGGGUGGCGAGCCUGGAGCUCCAGAAUUCCACGCUCGUGUAG